UCUCUCUCUCUCUCAACAUCCCUGCUUCCCGCGCAGAGAUGCAGUAUCAAAUAACAACAAGUAAGUGAGGGGCAGGUGAUAAUUUGUCAUAGUUGAUAACGAGCAGCGCUCUGUGCGUCACGGUGCGCCCCGGACUCUCCACCCUGCAUGUGAAGUGCAGGCAGAGUAGCAUGUGAUGCCAGUCCCACUCCGACAUGCAAGUGCAGCCCAGCGGAUGUAUUCAUGACUCUCUCCACAUAUUCUCUGACGGAUGCGUUCUCAGUAAACCUUGGAUAUUGUUGAUCGCUGCUGAAGACUCACGGACUGAGGCCUGAAAUCCAGCUGUCACUCUUCAGCCUCUCCCUCAUAGUUACAUCCAUCCAUCUCUUCUCCACUCUUUGCCUGUAUCACUUCUUUGUGUUCCUACCGGUCUCUUUCUCGCUCUCUCUUUCUCUCUCCACCCCCACCCCCUCCCCGACCCUCAGCCUCCCUCAUGCCUAAGAACAGCAAGGUGACGCAGCGCGAGCAGAGCCAUGAGCACGUCACAGAGUCGGUGGCUGACCUGCUCGCACACGAGGAGCCACUCGAUUGCAAGAGCAGUUCCCUGAACGUCGGAGGGGCCGCUGGGAAGAAAGCCCCGCAGCUAGAGGUGCCGGAAAACGAUGGACGCCCCGCCUGGAACAGCAAACUCCAGUACAUCCUGGCCCAGGUGGGCUUCUCUGUGGGCCUGGGUAAUGUGUGGCGCUUCCCCUACCUGUGCCAAAAGAAUGGAGGAGGCGCUUAUCUGGUUCCCUACUUCAUCCUCCUCCUCAUCAUUGGGAUCCCGCUCUUCUUCUUGGAGCUGGCGGUUGGUCAGAAGAUCCGACGUGGGAGCAUCGGUGUGUGGAACUACGUCUGUCCCCGUCUAGGUGGGAUAGGGAUGUCAAGUCUGAUGGUGUGUGGCUUCGUGGGUCUCUACUAUAAUGUGAUCAUUGGUUGGAGCAUCUUCUACUUCUUCCAGUCCUUUCAGUUUCCUCUGCCGUGGAGCGAAUGCCCAAUCAGAAAGAAUGGGACACUUGCUAUUGUGGAGCCGGAGUGCGACAAAAGCUCAGCUACGACCUAUUUCUGGUACCGUCAGACUCUGAACACGACUAGCACCAUCGCGGAGAGCGGCGGCCUCAACGUCAAGAUGACCCUGUCUCUGUUUGUGGCCUGGAUCAUCGUCUGUCUCGCCGUCAUUAAGGGAAUCGCCUCCUCUGGGAAGGUGAUGUACUUCAGCUCUCUUUUCCCCUAUGUGGUGCUGUUCUGUUUCCUGGUCAGGGGGCUGAUGCUGAAGGGAUCGGUGGAUGGUAUCGCUCACAUGUUCACUCCUAAGCUGGAGAAGAUGUUGGAGCCUCAGGUGUGGAGGGAGGCAGCCACACAGGUCUUCUUCGCCUUGGGUCUGGGCUUUGGAGGAGUCAUAGCUUUCUCCAGUUACAAUAAGAUCGACAACAACUGUCAUUUCGACGCUGUGCUCGUCUCCUUCAUCAACUUCUUCACCUCCAUUCUGGCCACACUGGUGGUAUUCGCUGUGCUGGGCUUCAAGGCCAACCUCAUGAAUGAAAAGUGUGUCGUAGAGAAUGCUGAGAAGAUCCUGGGAUACCUCAACUCAAACGUCCUGAGUCACGAUCUCAUCCCUCCACAUGUGAACUUCUCCCAUCUCACCACAUCAGACUAUGCUGAGAUGUACGGGGUCAUCAAGACGGUCAAAGAGGGCAGCUUUGACCAGCUGGGUCUGGAGCCUUGUGUCCUGGAGGACGAGCUCAACAAGGCUGUCCAGGGCACCGGCCUGGCUUUCAUCGCUUUCACAGAAGCCAUGACCCAUUUCCCAGCGUCUCCGUUCUGGUCGGUCAUGUUCUUCUUCAUGCUCAUUAACCUCGGUCUGGGCAGCAUGAUCGGCACCAUGACCGGCAUCACUACACCUGUCCUUGACACCUACAAAGUCCAGAAGGAGCUUUUCACAGUGUGUUGCUGCAUCGUGGCCUUCCUGUGUGGCCUGCUGUUCGUUCAGCGCUCAGGGAAUUACUUUGUCACCAUGUUCGAUGAUUAUUCUGCUGGUCUGCCUCUCACUGUAGUGGUCAUCCUGGAAAAUCUGUCCGUCGCUUGGAUUUACGGCACUAAAAGGUUCAUGCAGGACCUGGAGGACAUGUUGGGUUUCCGACCGUCCAUGAUCUAUUUCUACCUGUGGAAGUACGUCUCCCCUAUCUGUCUCAUCGUUCUCAUCUCAGCCACGGUCAUAGAGAUGACCAUCAUCCCCCCGGGAUACAACGCCUGGGUCGAAGAACUGGCUCAGGAACGUUUCGAGAGCUACCCUCCCUGGGCACUAGGCAUGUGCUUUUCCCUCAUUGUAGUGGCCAUGCUUCCUCUCCCUAUCGUCUUCAUCGCCCGUCACUUCAACCUGAUGUCAGACGGCUCAAAUAAGCUGUCCGUCUCUUACCGUAAAACCAUGAUGAAGGACAUCUCAAACCUGGAGGAGCAGGACGAGGCCAGAUUCAUCCUCGGCGCCAAGCCCGGCGAGGCCCCGUCAUCAGUGCCGGCGCACAGAGCUUACCUCACUCCUGGAGGGAACAAACCCCUGGACCCCAACUCCCUGUCUCCAAACAGCUGCUACGGUACAAGCUAUCAAAACGCUGCUAUCAGCCCCACCACGCCGACAACACCAACCACACCAGUCACACCAGAGUCUGACUCUUGAGUGCUGCUCAAACACCCCACCCCCCACCCCACCCCCACCCCACCCCGACAUCCAGUCCGGUAGCUCAGUUUACCUUAAAGUCUCCACCGGGGGUCGCUGCAGCACGAGAAUCCCCACCACUGCCCCACUAACACCACCAAACUGUAUGUAGCCCCCUCAUUUACUUUCCAAAGCAACACAAAGGAACCACCUGAGAAGAUGUCCAAAACGUUUCCAUGUUUCUCAGCAUCUGGACAAGUAGACAGUAUGGAGAUAUAUGUCAAAAACAGGGAAAGAAAUUCACUCUUAACAGCUGAUCAAACACUGAAAUCAGGGUGAGAUUGACAGUGACACACUGUACAUCUCUAUCUAUUCUGUAUUCAAAAUCACAUGGUUUAUGUGCUUAAAAUGAAGUUCUCUGCUUUUCUUUGCCUUAGUAUAAGGAUCCUCAGCAGACGUAGCCCCCCACAGUAUAAUGCACAUCCCUGUGCAGGGGAUCUGAAAGAAUGAAUGUAGUAGAGCCGGUGUGAUUGUGCUGGGUGAACAGGUUUUCACUCAGUGCAUGCCACUGAGAGCCAAGAUGAAUGUGAGUUUGAUUAUUUUAAGGUUUCAAGCCUGUCACUGUUUGCAUUGCUGCCCUCUGUAGCGAUACUGUGCGUCAAAGCCGCAGAGUUCAACACAGAAAAAGUUAUUUUCUAUUAGACAGUAUGCAAUGAUUUCAGUGUGUAUACACAGUAUUAUACGUCUACAUUGAGCACAGACAUGCACCUCUGUUCUGCUGUUCUGAACUACAAAACAGGUCUUGUCAUAUAGAUUUAUCUUCACAGCACACUCUGUAUUGUAAACUAUGCUUAAGGCUGCGCUAAUGACACCCAUAUUUGUUCCAUUCAGACCCUAAAUCGACCUCCUGCUCUGUUUUGUGUGUAGCCAGUGUUGUUCAUUCUGUAAACAGUGAUGUACAGUAUAGUAAUAUAAUAUAGGAGAAUAUAACUUUUGUUACCUGGAGGAGAUUAAAAAAAAAACACCCUCAUCCAUCACACACACUGUGUAACUUGUGCUGUAGGAAAUCACGUAUUCCAGUUUCUCCACCAAAGAGUAAAAAGUUGAUAAGGAAACACUUGAAGUCCACAUAAUGAUAUGACAGGAUAUUAGACUCAAUAUGCUGAACUGCAGGGAAAGUGAACUAAACUCGUAUGACUGAAAUAGAAGAACUGAAACAAAGAAAGUUAUAUCCACUGAGAGGAAGCACAGCUUGUUCAUGUGAUUUUGAAACAAAUGCUCAGAUUGCUUCUUUAAUGCAGUUCUGACUUUCUUCCUACAAAAGCGAAAAUGCUCCAAAAGCACAAAAGGGAUUUUACAUAGGCUAAUUACUAACCCUAAUUUCUGACCUGUUAUUUUGAACAUUUAUGCAGAUGUAAAAUAAUUGCUGCCAUCAGAUACGUCCCACACAAUGACGAAGCAAUAUAUAUUCAGGUUGUAGCACAAACUAUGUUCGCUAUGGACCAACAACAUAAUGAAUGCGAAAUAGAAAAAAAUCAGCAAUGGACCAAAAGAUAUUGGAAUUUAAGCAACAAAAAAAUCCAAAUCAUGGAAGAUUAAACUCAGCUAACUUGAUAGUAUGAACUUCUGUACGCCUUAGACUCCUCACAUGCACAUGCACAUACAUGCGCAAACAAAUAAAAUACAUGCUCAAACACACAUGCGCACACUGUUUGUGUACCAUGUAAUCAUUUGUGAAAUAAUAAACCUCUUGACACCGACAGUAACAUCAUGCAGCACUAGGGCUCCCUUGUGAUGAAGGUCUCCUGGUUAAACUGAGGUUAAGCCAGCAGAGAGUCUGAACCGGUAAAAUGAAGAUGGCCAUCUUUCUGUGAACAUUUUUCAUUUUUGUUCACACUGACAACUUUGUGCAAUACUGUCUGCAAUUUCAAACUGAGCACAUUAAGUUCAUGUUAAAUGGAAGAGGAUACUUUUUAUUUUUUUAAUCACAAUAUUCAAAGCCAUGGUGUUCAGGUAAAAAUUGAUAUUUAUAUUCCUGUAUAUUUGCAGUGUAUGUAGGUCUGAUGAAUAACAAAAAUUUAUCUUUUAAAAGUGACCAGUAAAUACUGUAUAUUUUCAUCUUGUGUGAUGCUUACUGAAACUGUAUAUUUGAAGACUAAUCUAUUUUGUAGUUUGUGUAAUUCAUUCUUGUUGUGGGAUGUGAAAAAGCUGCUGGUGGGUGGAGGUGAUGUGUGUGUAGUCUUUGUAUGGGCAGCAGCUGGUUGUGUUCAUUGGAGCUGUGUGUUGUGGCUGCACCUCAUGUUAGGUGAUGUCCGCUCAUCUGUCUCCACUUUAUCUGUACUGGUCUACUUGUUUGUAGCCACACUAGUAGUUUACCACAAAAUGCUGUUAAAAUUUCCUCUUGUCCAACAAUUUAUUUCAUCACAGGAUACCUCUAAAAAAUAAUUCCAGUCAGCCGCAGCUAUCUUUUCAGAUGUAUGCUAAUAUAGCAUGCUAAUAUGCUAAAGAGGCAGGUUUUUCUUGCUAAUUGUACACAAAACAGACUAACAUACUGAAAAGUACAUGCUAAACAUGAUUCUGUACUAACAAGCAAACAUGGUAAAUGUUAUAUAGAAAAUGUGAGCAACACAUUCAAUUGCUGCUAGCAUGUGCGUUAAUAUGCUAACUAGCAUUCUGCUCCAAGCCCAGCUGAGCUUAAUGCCACAUUCAUGUCAUAUUGGAGAUACUGUAAUCACCAGUUUCGCACUUUUAUGUAGCUUUCCUGUCAUCAUCUAAGUCAUACAACUGGGAAAGUUGAAUUUUCCUGAAAGCUCCAAUAUAUCCAACUUGGUGCUAAAUAGUAUAGAAGUGCCAGCAAAGUCCGUUGCAGAAGGUGAUUAAACACAGAAAUUGAAAAAAUAUAUAGUGCUGCAUUGAACAAGCAUAGUAUUUUAAACUUUCCCACGUGCCGCUCACAUUCCUGUUUAAUAGUGUUUUUUAGCCAACAACUUCUUGCUAGGCACUAUGACUUUCUUUAAAGAAACCCUUGUGUCUUUCUAUUUUGUUUUGUUAGUGUUUGUUGACUAAGACAGCUGGGAUCUCCAGUCAUGAGUGAGAAGCUAUAACACAAGAAGACUGACAGCUGGCAUGUUGAGAUGUCCCAUAACGUGAACGCUUGUAAACAUGAUUGAUCGAAAUGUUGCACAGAAAUAGUUCAUAAAACUUUGCUGUGCAGCAGGGUUCAGACUCUGACCUUUCUGAGACUCAUUACCCUUGACAGUUAUACCAGAGUCAAGAAUUGUAUUUUGAAGGGAAAGAAAAUAUUAGCCAUAAUAUAUUUUUACUUAAUGCAGUGCCUCCUAGAGGCCGCUUGACACCAAUGAUUUUGGGCUUCCUCAAAAUGGGUUCCCAAGACCAUGUACCAAGUUUGGUCUGGAUAGAUACAAUCUGUUGCUGAAAAAUACUCUGAGUCCAUGUAUGAAGUUUGGUUUUCACACGUAAAAGCGUUGCUGAGAUAUGACUUGAAAAUCCAAUAUGGCGGAAAUUGAUGCAGGAGUGUCUCUAAUUAGUGUGCCAAAUUUCAAAAUGUUUUUACCAUGCAGUUCUAGGGUCUGCCAUAGACAUGGCAGAAGAAGAAAAGAUCAAGCAGAAAAGAUAGAAACACAAUGGGUGCCUACACAGCUUUGCAACUUAUUCAUCCAUUCAGAAAUGUUGUUUUCUGCUGUGUAGUUAAUGUUACACUCUCUUAGAACCACUAGUGUGGCUAUGAACCAUAAGUCUUGUUUUGUUUCCUGUGUUUCUUGUGUUUCUGACGCAGGUACUUCCUCCUGCUGAGGGUGUGUCAUUUAGAGAUGUUGUUAAAGUCUGUAAAUAAUCUUGUGUAACCAAAUUAUUCUGAAGAUAGAUUUUAUUCAUGUGAUGUAUAUCAAUGUCUUAAAAACAAACUGUUUUAGCAGUUAGUGUAACAUAAAGUUAUAAUGAAUGUGAUUGAUGCACUUUUUCACUAGGACUGCAAAAAAAAAACAAAAAAACAUAGCAAUUGUUUUGUUGUCCUCAUGGAAGUAAAUUCAAGGUCAGUAUAAAAGCAAUAUCAGGUUAUUUAAACUGCAGAGUAAUCCGAAAAAUUGUCAGUUAAUAGCAAAGAUUAGGAUCCACCCCCUAUUACCAAAGGGAUAGUAAGACUCUUCCUUUCAAGUGCUGGAGUUUGUUUCAUGUAUUUACAAGUGUGUGCAUGUGUAUGUUUGUGUGAGUGUGUGUGUGUGUGUGUGUGUGUGUGUGUGUGCGGGGGUACUGUGUAUCGGUGUGUAGAUUCCUUCUUAUUACCUGUGAGUGCAGGGCCUUAUUGAGCACACGUUUCAAGCACUGUCUGUACAGGAGACACGUUUAGAAAUGUCCCUUUACAGCUUCUCUCUUUCUCCUUCUUCAGUCAUAUUAUGAUUGUACGAUACUGACAAUUAUUGAAAAAAAUGUGAGCAUCACCAGAAGUAUUAAUAAUAAAGAGUGGACAAGCUGC